AUGGUAAUUAUACCACAACCAAUCGCGGGCCAGAGUUUCUUAGAUAGGCUGCCAUUCGUGGGCGCCUGCGAUCGGUUGGCCACCACUGGUGUCAUGAAUUGUUACAAAAACUUUUUAUUUCCCGUAAGACUGUACCGGGACAGUGGCCCCGGCGGUGGGGUUUGUUGCAAUUACAGUAAAUAUAAGGCCUGUUAUACCGGUCUCUACGACGGCCUACGGGUGGCUAUGGAGAGGGAAAGGUGUCCCAAGUCUUACUCCACGCGUAUUAUUAUGUCGAUCGGGAAUAGUGUCGGGUUUCCCGUUAGGAUGAUGUGCGAUAGAGGGGACGGUAAGUCCCAGUGUCCACCCAAUCGCCGGAGAACA